AUGAUGCAUUUUGAAGAUAAAUCCGAGAACGUCUCAAUUAGGGUUUUGCUUUCUACAUUGUCCACUCAGCCUUCUAUUUUUGUUUCUGCUGCAAAUUUAAAGGAAGGCGCUUAAAAGUAAGUAUGCUCAUAGAGAACUUGGAAGUAUUUGGUUUACUCAAAUUCCAUUGCAUAUGAUUUCUCACCUUUAACCUUGGCAGUAAUUUUUUUUUUCAGGAGUCGAUUUUUUUUUAGAGUCGAUGUUUUGACAAGGAAUGUCACUUGCACCGUUUUUUUACCAGGUAUUGCCCACUACAUGUUUGAGUUCAAUUGCUGUUUCUUGUUAAAUCGCAUAAUUGAAUAGUAUCUGGCAUUCUGAUUGGUCAACGAAGCGAAGUAUUUAGCGUGGAAUUGCAAGUUGAAAACGAGGCUAAAUGAUAUUGUUUCGCGUCCACGUAAACAUAGCAACUAUCGUCAAAUUGUAACAAAGCUUUCUACAAUGUCAUUUUAAAGUGUUUUCAAAACCAUUGUCUCCUUUUGAAGAGCCAAAAACAAACAAAAGCGUUUUUCAAAGUGAGCUAGAGGUUCUUCUCUGAUUUGAAAUGAACUACAAGUUCUUGGAGAGGCAUAUAAAACCUCUUUCGCUUGCGAUAACAAGAAAGCUUGAAAUCCUGUAUAAACGACCCAUAAAAUAGCAAGCGAAAGUUCAACCAAACAAGACCUAGAAGCUUCAACGGAGGAAGUGCCAGGGUUGAUUGUCAGAUAUACAGAAGAAAAAAUCAAUACCUUUAAUCACGAUGUUAAACUUUCAGUGCUUUCACUUGGACACUUCAUUCUUUUCAGUUUUGCCACCAAAGAGGUAAAAGGUGUAAAUUUUUGUAAAAUUUUUUAUUGUGCGUUGUGAGAAUUUUGCUCUCUAAAAGCCUCAAAAAGCUAAAGUUGCUCUCGGCUGCGCCUCGAGCUACUCUUACGCAUUUUUCGUGCUCUCCAAACUUCCCGCAUGCAUCCAUAACUCGAUAUACGCACGCUAAGCAUGAACAAAUUCUUAAGUAUAAUUCCUUUUUUUUCCUUAUUUUUAUUAAAUUAUGCAAUUCAAGGAAAAUCCAUUACCUGACCCGUGAAUUCCGCGUUAAAUUUUACUUGAAAACCGAUAUCGCACUCAUCGCUCCGCGAUUCGGUUUUCGCGUGCAAUUUAACGCGGAAUUCCCUCGUCAGGUAAUGAAUUUUCCCAUAGAAUACCUCGAAUAAUUACGCAUAUCCUUUUUGAAAUUCAAUUUAGAUACCAAGUGGCCCAGAAAAAUUUCACUCAACAUGCAGCUAUGGGACGUAAGUGCAUGUAAGACAGAUGAUUUAGAGUCUGCCAAUGUAUAUUAUCUUUCUCUCUCGCGUCGGUUAAAAUCGUGGUUAAAUUCGAAGUCACAAACUCCUCCAAUUAUCCCUUAAACAAUGCAAAAACAGAUAUCAUUGCCUAAGUUUGGUCGGAACGAAAGGGAAAAAAUUUGACUCUUGGUCAUGAAGCAUAGACCUGGCUGGCCUCGAGCCAAAUAUCUUCCCGCCUGGCCCUCCCACUCAGUCAAUAAGUCAUAGCAUCAACGUGGUUUCCUCAAAUGUAAACAAUCCAGAAGCUAAAGCUUAGGGUUGAGGUGCUCUCUUCACGUUCCCCUUUCUAACGGGGUGACGUAUGUCAUUCUGCUUUCCAAAGCAAACACAAUGAUUAACUCGUGUAGAUGAAUAGAGUAGGUUCAAAAAGAGAGACUUCUGUAUUUUGUCAUGCUUUGCUUUGUUUCUUUUUUCUAUCUUUACUUUCGUUUUUGUCGAAUACAGGUGUCCAUGCAAAAUCAUUUCUCAUUCUUAUCCUUAUCGAUGGGAGACAAAUAGUUGUACAAAUAUUGACGUGGGCUACCGCAUUUACCCAAAUCGCCACAGAGGUAAAAGAAUUGAUAAUAUGCGAUAAUGAGUUAUGAACUCUCGUCCUCGUCUGCAAAUGAAACGCAGAAGACCAAGAAUAACCAGAGACAUUCAAAUAAGAUACACCAUUUGGUGGCGGAAUUAAGAAAAUCCAGAGAGAUGAAAUUUUGGAUCUUAGCUCCGUGCUUUUUAACUUUAAAAGUAUUUCAUAAUAUUAGAACCUGUAGGCCGGAGAAAAAUUUCCAAUUCAUAUAUUUAAGAGUUUGGUGGCAACGAGAUGUGAGAGAUUACAUCCAGUUGAAGACACACGCGAAGUCAGUUUAGGGACUUUACUGGGAACAAAAAUUUGUGUAUAAUACCCUACCCCCCUCCCGCACUCCUCUCACCCACUUACCUCAGAGUAAGAAUAAAAUUUCUCUUUUGGGCGUAACCAAGUGCAGUGCGUAUUUUAAAUAUCAACUCUUUCUCCUUUCUAAAUCCACACAUCUUGACUCUUUUUGCUUCUGGUCACUAGUCUUCGACGGACAUGGGAGUGUGGCCAUUUGUGGUAUUCAUCAAAACGUUGGAGAAAAUGGCAAUUAAUUUCAAUUUCGAAGUUAAUUCUUAUUGAUAGCUGAUUAAUAAAUUGUCUUUUAAACGAUUUCCCUCUAACAUCAGCAUGCAUAUUCUCCAUCUUAUUCUCGAUACAUUUACCAAGGUGCUUACAAGGAUAGCAUGUCGCUAGUUACUCUAAAGGGCCAAAGAGUUAAGACUGUAUAAUCUUCUUAUAGUGGGAGAAGUGAUGGCCUGAUAGCAAAUCGGAAUUGCCUGUUUUGCUCUGCUUUUGGGUGAAACUUGAGAGGUUUACUUUCACAAUGCCAUUCUACCUUAUCUUACCCGACGAAAUGUAAGACCCUCUCUAAUAGAUUAACGUUGAGCCGGGGGAGCACCAAACUUUGAUGGCAAAAUCGUAUAUUUCAAAAUAGCCCCUGACUCCCAUAUUUCAGUCCAUUCUAAAAUAGACCCUGGAAGACGAACGUCGUAAGGUUAUCCACAGUGCCACGGCCAAAAUAAUCAUGCAAUCUAAUGUUGUUUGUAAAAUAACCCUGCUUCGGAGAAAUACGGUAAAUUAUAUCGGCCAUAGUUUGAUACUACUCUGGUUUGCAGAUUUAAUCAUGUUAAUGAAUGUAACCGAAGAAGUUACAAUUCAUAGAUACAAUUCAUAGACCUAACUUUUCGACACUCCUGUCUAGAGCCUUCAUCAGGGGUGAUCUAAACGCUGCAACAAGAAGUCCUUUUAUAUGAUCACUAAUUAGCGGUCUUUUUUCUGACGAGGUGUAAAUAGGCGUCAGGAAGCAAACCGCCAUCGUCACGAUUUAAAGAAGCGUGGGCGGAGUCAAUAUGCCAAGCCUCCAAACAAAGGCGCUGGUGGUAACGCCGAUUAGUGGUGAUAAUUUUAGAAUUAUCCCACCCAAUUUUAUGGUUAGUUAGACACGUAUGCUCCGAUAAAGUUCCUAUGAAUUGUAACUUCUUCGGUUACAUUCAUUAAAUCUGCAAACCAGAGUAGCAUGAAAUUAUGUCUGAAUGUCCGUGUGAACUUUAAUAUAUUACAUCAGCAUUCUAUUGAUCAAUCAGUAAAAAUCGGAAUGAGUUGUGAUGGUAUAAUCAUAAACUAGACUUCCCAAUUACAUAAUUCCAAAUUUAUCUCAUUCAUUCGAAGCAUGUUAUUGUAUCUCUUACAUUUCUAUACCCCUUGGGAUAUAGGUCACCCACACCACAUACAAUCUAAACUCCAAUCAACCUUCUCUGUCGACUUCCACAUCGUACGAUUCUAAGGUCCUUCUGACGCAUGAACCUUCGCACCUCGUGCAAAGGGUUUUGUUUUCCGACCAUUAAUGCUGAGAUUAAAUUAUUUAUUGCGCGGCUUGGAAAAAAAGAUAAAAUAAAAACUGCAGUUAAAGCAUCCAUAUCGGACCCAAUUUUCGAUAAUUUGUGAGGGUAAGAUUAUCUCUCUCCCUUAUAGUACCAAUCUGUAGGCAGUAUUUCAGUCACAUGUUUACCUCUGUAAACUCCAAUAUAAAUCAACUGCAUAAAACUACGGGGAGGGUUUGAAAAGAUAGCCGGGAAAAGUAAGGGUUUAUCAAUCAUAAAUUAGAAAAAUUAUCAAUAUAAUUAAUUUUCAUAGAGAUUUCCACCUCCCCUACUAAGUAUACUUAACUUUAAUAAAGACCAGCCCUGUAAAUUUGUACAAAGUUUAUUAAUCAAUCACCAGUUUGCAUCCUCUUCUCCCGUCUCACUCAAAUGACGCUUAAUUAUAAUUGUACAAAUUAGCAAUCUUGAAAGCGAAUUGGGCGGAUAUCACUCUCCAUUUUGCUUGGCCACUUCACAAAGGAUCUCCCUCAACUAAAACUUUAGUGCAUUUGGCUGCAUAUACUCUAGCGGAACGGUCACAUCUUAAACAUCUUCGCAUUUCUGGUUGGCCACUUCAACAAAUUCACAUGUAUUUUGCCGCCACAGCUACCCGUAAAAUUUCCGCACAGCCCCAUCCUACAUUAUGCAUUCAGUUCUUGGAAAGAGAAAAUAAUGACAAAAGUAAUACAUUGCCCUUAGGAAAACAAAUUUGUUUUACAAUAGUAUGGGGCUGUGCGGAAGUUUUACCCAGCUGCCAUUCCUCGAAGACUUUUUAAACCCACUUAGUGGUAAAUUGUAUUGUUUUCGGAGCGGCUUCCGACAGUGGACUGGUCUCUUCUACUAUAAUCUUUGGAGAACGAAACCGACCAGUGUCGGAAAAGCCAUAUGAAAAUGAAUUGCUAUAAUUCAAUACUGUAUAUUUCCAAUCUCCCAUGGGAGAGCUGCACGCCUACGUAAUUAACACGACGAACGCAAUAUAUUGUCACGAUUUCAUUUCACAAGUAAGAUAAAAUAAUCGCGUCCGCUCUUUAUCGGCUUUAAAAUGCCGGCUCGCCGUUUUAAAUGCCCGUAACAGCUCCCCUUUUAAAUAACAAUAAAGGGCUCACGCUCAUAUUUUAUCUCUUAUUUAAAGAAGUACUUGUUCAAGAGUAGACUUUAAAAAAAAAUGGUUUACACAAUUUGCCUAUUCAAUUUGUUGGGAUUAAGUAAAUUGAUAUAUCCUUUUGACAGAAGACGUUUGACGCCUAUAGAAUAAACAAAAGAUUCAUUUCACGAAAGUAAACCAAGUCAUCCUACGAAUAAAACAUGGAAUUUUUUAACCAAUGUGAAAGUGCUCUAUGUUUUCGGACAGAUCACAAAUCAGUUACUUCCGGUUUAUCCAAUUUGUUUGUCUCGUCCUUCUUGAAAGUUUUAGUUUAUCGGCAUAUUUUAUCAUCUUUAUUAUGAGAUCUCAAGCCAUCUGUCGCUAAGACAAGUCGUUCAAAUAAAUUAAGUUUGCAUCCUCAUGUAUCGGAUUACAAUGGUCUAUUCAUUUUUAAUGACCUGAUGCCAACGCCUUGCCACGCAAAAGAUCUGAAAAAGGACUUCCUCUGUUUGCAAAACACAAGUUAGAUUGCUGUGAAUUGUAGUUGUGUCAAAGUUUUCGUACUAUAACAUCGAAACAAAAGCCUGGUUGAGCUUCCCGAAUGGCAGAAGGUUAGUAAUUUACAGCUAACUCGCAUUAGAUAAACUUCAAUUCCCCCCAGUUUAUUUUCUUCUCGCUCUAGUACGUGAAACUCUUUGUUAUUACGCAUAAUACAAAAUUGUGCUUAAAGGUUUCUUAGAAAACCUGAUCAACUUUUCCAUGAGUCCUUCAAAAUAAACUUUUUUCCCGGUGAAUAAGACUUUCUUUUUCUAUAAGCAGAGUGUUAAGAAUUUAAAAGAUGUACAGGGUGUAAAUCAUAUUUUUUGUGCUUCGACUUCAAGUACUGGCUUGCACAACUCCAUUGAAACAAAAAACAUAUUGAGGUUAUGUGUUUUGGGGAUCAUAGUAGAUUUGUAUAUUUAGUUAAGAUCAAUUCGGUAAGUUGAGUUUAUUUUUUGGAAGGACAUCAUUUUCGUGUGCUAUUUAUUCAAUAGACUGCACUUUCUAUCGGUUUACCGGAGUUAUAACCCACGCAAGACGUUCUGAGAACAUAGGGAAAGUUAGGAUUUAGCAGUGCAAUAAACAAUAGGUUUUUGACUAAUUAGGGCCCUCGUAAUAUCUCAGUUGUUCCUGAAAGCUUCGAAAUUUAUCUCAUUUUCAUGAUGUGAUCAAUUUCCAGGAAAUUGAUUGUGAGAUGCAGCUUCGUUUCCCUAUUCUGGUCAUUUUCUGCUCAUCAAAGAUCCUCAACGUCUUCGGAAAAUGUCGUCCUUCGACUUAUUCAAUAAGCGGCUUCCACCUGUCUGGUCACGUGAUGUCCACUAUGAUUGUCUCCAGUCUCUCUGA